AUGCAUUGGAAAAAACAAGCCGUGACUAUAACUUUUCUGGUGUCAUGCUUUAUAAGAAUCAGUGUGCCAACUUCUACUAGUGUCGAUAAGUGUAUAGAGUAUUACAAAAGUGAUGAAAUCUUCGAUCUGACUAUACUUCAAGGCGUCAGAUACACAGUGUAUUUUUGGCCUCCGAACCAAAGACAGAGAGAUGUGUGUGAAGUGACAAAUUUCAAAAUACUUACCGCCGAGGAAAUAGAGAGUGCGAAUAGAGAAUGCAGUGGGUUAAACCUAGGCAACGAAACUGUUCUGCAGUCUUCAUAUAAUAACGCUGCCGGAAAACCAGUAAAGCUGCUGUAUUACGGAGCGGGAGAAGUGAAAAGCUUGUAUCGAAACUGUGAACGAAUUUGGAAGUAUUUAUUUAGACGUAUCAACGGUGACUACGUCAUGGGUAUUAACUGUUCGACUCGUGGACGCGGAGUGUUGUGGUCUAAAUCUCUGCCGACUGUGUCUCAAGUCAACUCAGUUGUUGCAAAUAUUGAAAUAAUGACAGGCAGAGAAGGAAGUCCAGAUUCUAAUUAUCAUAAUAUUAUAUUUUUAAAGAUGAAGUCUAUGACAGUUUUCUGCAUGCUCGCAUUCGUGGCUGUGGCUUAUGCUCUCCCACAACAGUACACGGACAAGUAUGACAGUGUGGAUUUGACUGAGAUCUUGUCCAACAGAAGGCUGCUGGUGCCUUACUUGAACUGUAUCCUGACAACGGGCAAAUGCUCCCCCGAUGGAAAGGAAUUGAGAUCUCAUAUCAAGGAAGCUCUGGAGAACUACUGCGCUAAGUGCACAGAGACACAAAAGAACGGCACUCGCCGCGUGAUCGGCCACCUCAUCAACAACGAGGCUGACUACUGGAAGAAGCUGGUGGACAAAUACGACCCGGAGAGGAAAUACGUUGUCAAGUAUGAGGAGGAACUGAAGACUGUGGCAGCUUAA